UCCGGAUUAUUUUGAAGACUGUGACCGGAAGUGUCAUGUUCUCCUGACACACGGAACUUUAUGGUCAAACUGAUAGACGUGGAGUUUAGACAGCCAAGUAGUUUACAGAUAAUAGCAUCAACAGCCCGUAAUGAGAAAUGUUAUGGAUUACCUGUGUGAUGUAUGGAUGUAUUCUUCUUUGACACCGGAGUUACGGAGAUGUAUGCUGCUCUGAAAUGAUGGUAUGACAUGUUUUUACCUCGGUGAAGACAGCCAAAGCUCGUUCAUCGAUCGCCUGAAAGGGGAACGUCAGAUUAUCUAGAAACGUGAUUUGAUCUGUCAGAAACUGACCCACCAAAAAACCCUGCAAACAUGUCGCCAGUACCCGUCCUGCCGCUGGUGAUCAACUGCUUCAUGUCUGUGCUGGGCUGCAUGGCCACAAUCAAACUCAUUCCUGCCUUCAAAGACCAUUUCAUCUCAGCUAGGCUGUACGGAAUGGACCUAAACAAAACAAAUAAAAAGGAAGUCCCAGAGUCCCAGGGUGUCAUCAGUGGGACGGUCUUCCUCAUCAUCCUCUUCUGCUUCAUCCCAGUGCCUUUCCUUAGCUGCUUUGUAGGAGAUCAGUGCAAGGGCUUCCCACACAAUGAGUUUGUACAGCUGAUAGGCGCACUCUUGGCCAUCUGUUGUAUGAUCUUCCUGGGAUUUGCUGAUGAUGUGCUGAACCUGCGGUGGAGACACAAGCUCCUGCUUCCCACCAUGGCUUCCCUGCCACUGCUGAUGGUCUAUUUUACCAACUUUGGUAACACAGUCAUCGUGGUGCCCAAGCCCUUCAGAGCACUACUUGGGCUGCACUUGGAUCUGGGUAUUCUUUACUAUGUCUACAUGGGAAUGCUUGCGGUAUUCUGCACAAACGCCAUCAACAUCCUAGCCGGAAUUAACGGCAUCGAGUCAGGUCAAGCUCUGUUUAUCUCCGGCUCCAUCAUCGUCUUCAACCUGCUGGAGCUCAGUGGAGAUUACCACGAUGACCACGUUUUCUCCCUCUACUUCAUGAUACCCUUCUUCUUCACCACAUUAGCACUUUUUUACCACAACUGGUACCCCUCAUCUGUGUUUGUGGGAGACACUUUCUGCUACUUUGCAGGGAUGACCUUUGCUGUAGUCGGCAUCUUGGGACACUUCAGCAAAACAAUGCUGCUGUUCUUCAUUCCUCAAGUGGUUAACUUUGUCUACUCCUUGCCUCAGCUUUUCCACGUCAUCCCCUGUCCCAGACACAGACUCCCCAGACUGAAUCCAGACACAGGCAAACUGGGGAUGAGCUACUCUAAAUUCAAAAGAAAGGACCUUUCUAAAUUAGGACAUCUCAUUCUGAGGGUGGCAGAGUUAUUGAAACUGCUAGAAGUGCGAAGGGGCCAAGAGGGAGAUGGUGAAUUUAUUGAGUGCAACAACAUGACCUUAAUAAAUCUUGUACUGAAAUUACUCGGCCCCAUCCAUGAGAGAAACCUCACAGUCAUCAUGCUCAUCAUACAGGUGAUGGGUAGCGCAGUGGCUUUUGGGAUCCGUUAUCAUCUGGUGCGCCUCUUCUACGACGUCUAGACAGCUCUGCAGGAAACCUGAGAGAAUACUGACUGAGAAAAUAUGAUAUAUUUGUGGAACUAUUGCACAGGCUCAUUGUUCAUUCGCCUUUUAAUAGAUUCCAUUACCUCGCUGUUACUUCUCUGCCUCAGACUUUGACCCAGUGCAAAGAUUUAAAGUGAUAUUUCACUUUGGUAGAACAUUUUCAUGUACCGUGUAAGCAUAAACAGCUUCAACAGUUGUGUUUGUUAUUCUCCUUCCACCAUGUGUUUCAUGAAUUACAGGCAGGAUAAUGUAACAUUGUCAUCUGUGUUCACCCUGAAGGUAUAUUUUUUUAUACUGGGUUUUUGUAAGGAUAGUAGAGUAAGUGGGGGUGACUUUCAGUCUUCAGAGCUGCCAACAUCAGCUCUUAAAUUGUUACUGUUUGAUAAGUUUAAGAACUUAUAGAAGGGCUCACUCACACUUCAUUUUGCAUGACUAUCAAUCCAUGCAACAUGUGAGUUAUCUUUUUUUUCAUCCGAAUAAACGCACACAGAAUGAUCAUCGUAAACAAAAGCAGUGAAAACAUAAGGAAGUCCAAAGACUAUCACUGAGAAUAUCGGUGGAGACAGAUAAAUAGAUGGAAUAUUAGAGGAAAUUGAGGUCUUUGAAAGGUGAAGGGUGUCCCGACUACAAUAAUUAGAAUUGAUUGUUUUUAGUUUUCUUGGUAUUAUUGGAUACAUAUCUGUAUUUUUAUGACGGAUAUGUAUGUUCCCCAGGGGUUCAUCAAUGUGAAGUCGAAUGCCACUGGACUAUUUUGUUU